AUGGGUGUUGUCAACAAAGACGACGAGCCCCCCAGCCCAGGGGUCCAACACAUCGAACAAGAUGCUGCUGUCGCCGACGCAAUCAAGGCUGUUGAGCAUCGUGAUCUUGAGCGUAUUGAAGAGACUCAGCCUGGUGCUUUCGUUUGGCUCUGCGCCGCAGCAACUGCCAUUGGCGGCAUGCUCUUUGGUUAUGACACGGGUGUCAUCUCUGGAGUUCUGGUCGUCAUCGGAACAGAUCUGGGUGGGAAAGAGCUCACUCAUUCCGAGAAGGAGCUUGUCACCGCGUUGACUGCCGCUGGUGCUCUUCUAGGAGCAAUCUUUGCUGGUCUCACGGCAGACAAGCUCGGCCGAAAACCCUCUAUCUGGUUCGCCAGUGUUCUGUUUACGCUCGGAGCUGUGAUUCAAUCAGCGGCCUUCUCUGUCGCCCAGAUGGCCGUAGGACGUCUUGUUAUUGGUCUUGGGGUUGGCUCAGCAUCUAUGUUUUGCGGUUUUAACACGUUGAUGUACUACUCCAGUACUCUGUUUCAGAUUGUGGGCUUCUCCAACCCCAUUGCGGUUGGCACCGUUGUAGCCGGAACGAACUGGAUCUUCACCGUUCUAUCUAUCUUCCUUAUCGAUCGAGUUGGACGUCGCAGACUCCUGCUCUGGACAAUGUGGGGAAUGCCUGUUUGCCUAGCCAUCGCAGCCAUCGCUUUCCACUGGAUUCCUCUGGACCUCAACACUUUGGAGCUCAAGACCCAGGAAGUCGGUUGGCCAGCAAUUCUUGUUUUGGUCUCAAUGAUCAUGUUCGUGGCGUUUUACGCCGCUGGCUUGGGCUGUGUUCCUUGGCAGGCCAACGAGUUCCUCCCUAUGGAGGUUCGAGCGAGUGGCACAAUGAUGAUCAACAUUUUCAACUGGGGACCAAACAUUAUUGUCUCUUCAACAUUCCUGUCUAUGAUGCGAGGCAUGACACCAUCUGGCACCUUCGGGUUUUACGCUGGCCUGUCAUUCCUCGGCUGGGUGUUUGUGAUUUUCUGCUUCCCUGAAGCUGCCAAUAUGACCUUGGAGGAGAUUCGUGUUGUCUUUGAGCAUGGCUUCGGUGUCAGAUAUGCUGAGGAGUGGAGGAAGCAGAGGAAGCUGGACUUGCAGACAAGAAGGGAGGAGGCCAACGUUUAG